AUGAAGGACCAGAAGCAGCAGACCUACUGGCAGGAGACGGGCCGAUGGAUGGGCUACGAGGAGAGCUUCGACCCCCAGACCGGGGUGUGGGUGUCUUCGAGCAUCUCCUACCUCACCUUCAAGAGCCUCAUCCAGCUCCGACGCACCAUGAACACAGGCGUGACAGUUUUCGACUGUGAAGAGCAGACACUGGCCAGCAUCGCAGAGAAGAUGGUCAAAGAGAUGGUUAACAAGAAGGCGAUCAGACCUGAAGACCGGGAGGGAGUGCUGAAAUCUCUGCUUCAAAACCGCAGCCAAUCAGAUGACCCGGAGAGCCGAGCCCUGACUGAUGGGGUGGACCUGCAGAAGUUUUCAGUCAAGGACAAGAGGAAUGAAUCUGACGGUGUUGAGGCCUCCAUGGUGCUAGUAGGAGCGUUGGACUUUCUGGAAAGACCCACAGUAGCGUUUGUGCGUCUGAAGGAAGCGGUGGUGCUCGACUCUGCCUUGGAGGCCCCAGUGCCCGUACGCUUUGUCUUUGCUCUGGUUGGCCCCACCAAGAAUGACAUGGACUACCGCGAGACUGGCCGCGCUAUGGCAGCACUAAUGGCUGAUAAAGUGUUCAAUCAGGCAGCGUUUCAGGCAAAGAGCACCCUUGAGCUGAAGUACGCCUUGGACGACUUCAUGGACUGCAGCAUCGUCAUCCCGCCCACAGAGAUCCAGAAUGAAGCGAUGCUUAGCUCCAUUAUCAGCUUUCAGAAGAAGCUGCUGCAGGACAGAUCCCAGUCCUAUGAUUCCAUGCUCCGUCUGGACUCCAGACCUCGCAGGGUUUCCAUCUUUACUGGUCCCCCACCUGAAGACCCCCUGUCCCGUACUGGUCGACCAUUUGGCGGGAUGAUUCGAGACAUAAAGAGACGCUACCAGUACUACAAGAGUGACAUCACAGAUGCUCUUAACACCCAGGUCCUUGCUGCCGUCAUCUUCAUCUACUUUGCCGCCCUCUCACCGGCCAUCACCUUCGGGGGACUGCUGGCUGAUAAGGUGGACAACAUGAUGGGCGUUUCAGAGCUCCUCAUCUCCACCUGCAUUCAGGGGAUUAUCUUCUGCUUCGUUGCUGCUCAGCCCAUCCUGGUCAUUGGUUUCUCCGGCCCUCUGUUAGUGUUUGAGGAGGCUUUCUUUGCCUUCUGCAAGUCCCAGGAAAUUGAGUAUAUUGUGGGAAGAGUGUGGGUUGGAGUGUGGCUGGUCAUCAUUGUAGUGAUCGUCGUGGCCUUUGAGGGCAGCUUCCUGGUGCGUUUCAUCUCCCGCUUCACCCAGGAAAUCUUCUCCAUCCUCAUCUCCCUCAUCUUCAUCUAUGAAACCUUUGCCAAGCUAGGGAGGAUCUUUAAGGCUCAUCCACUGAUUUUGAAUUACGAUCAUCUGAAUUCAACUCUAGAAAAUCCCUGGCACCCAAAGGUGGAAGAGCUGGUCUUGUUUGAUAAUGUUACUGGCAACGCCACUAUUGUUGUAAAAACUAUUAAGCCACCUUACCCCAACACAGCACUACUCUCCAUGUGCCUCAUGUUUGGAUGCUUCUUAAUUGCUUUCUUCCUGCGCCAGUUCAAGAAUGGCACUUUUCUUCCUGGGAAGGUCAGACGUUUGCUUGGUGACUUUGGCGUGCCCAUUGCCAUUUUCCUCAUGAUUGUUGUGGACUACAACAUUGAUGAUACCUACACUCAGAAACUAGUGGUUCCCAAAGGUCUGAUGGUGUCCAACCCAUCCAAAAGAGGCUGGCUCAUCAACCCCUUCGGAGAGCACAAGACACUACCUGUGUGGGUGAUGUUUGCAUGCUGUGUCCCUGCCUUGCUUGUUUUCAUUCUGAUCUUUCUGGAGUCUCAGAUCACAACUCUGAUUGUGAGUAAGCCUGAGAGGAAGAUGGUCAAAGGCUCUGGGUUCCACUUUGACUUGCUGGUUUUAGUUGGCAUGGGAGGGCUCAGUGCAAUAUUUGGUGUGCCGUGGCUCAGUGCUGCCACUGUGCGAACUGUCACUCACGCCAACGCCCUCACCGUCAUGAGCAAAGGACCAAAGCCUGUGAUUGAGAAGGUGAUGGAGCAGAGGGUCAGUGGCAUUUUGGUGGCGUUACUGGUUGGGCUGUCAAUUCUGAUGGAGCCAAUCCUAAAGAUGAUUCCCAUGUCAGCCUUGUUUGGGAUCUUUCUCUACAUGGGAGUAACGUCACUCAAUGGCAUCCAGCUGUGGGAUCGUAUAUUGCUUCUGUUCAUCCCUAAGAAAUACCACCCUGAAUCCUACGCCACCAGAGUGAGCACAGGACGAAUGCACUUGUUCACAACCAUCCAGGUAGUGUGCCUUGCAGUUUUGUGGAUUGUUAAGUCCAGUCCAGUAUCCCUCGCACUUCCCUUCAUACUCAUCCUCACCAUCCCUAUACGCAUGUUUAUGACCGGGCGUCUCUUCACUGAAAAGGAAAUGAAAUGUUUGGAUGCUGACGAUGCCAAAGUGACAUUCGAGGAGGAGCCGGGGCAGGAUGUAUACUGUGAAUCUCAGAUGCCAUUGUAG